UUUCAUUCAUGUUUUAGGAAAUCAACGCAGCAUUUAACAUCGAAGAGCAAAACCAUCGCUGGUAAUCAAACGAGAAACCAAUUAAAAUCCUCGUACAAAUCGUCGAACAUUCUACAAAGAAGAAUCCUGUUUCGAGCGUCGAAAAAUCGGAAACGCAGAAGCAACAGGCGUUUGAACAACCCUUCUAAUCGCACUGAAACGAAAAAUAUUUCCGCCAGUUAUACAAAUUUCAAACAGGGGAAAAUAAAGGACGAGAAAAGUAACGAGAAUUGUUCGCAGCAGGACGAUCUUUACAAAAAGCUCCACGAUGGCACCUAUACCUGCGACAUUUGCCAAACUACUUUCGAACAGAAGAGCAAGAUCCUCCGCCAUAUUACCAGCAAACACAGCUUCCAUCGACCGUUCAAGUGUUCGACUUGCGACAAAACGUUCAAGUACAAAUGCGACUUGAAGGCCCAUCGGUUGGUCCAUCAAGAUAUCGAUUCCAGUUUGUUGCAUUGCUGCGACAAGUGCGAUUACCGGACGAAAACGAAGAACAAUCUCAAGUCUCAUUACAUCAGAAAGCAUACCGAUGAUUACAAAUUCGCCUGUGAGCAUUGUGGGAAACGUUUCAAGAUGGAGUGGGAUUUGAAGUUUCACGUCGGGACGCACAGCAAUUCCCAGCACAUGUGCGACAUAUGUGGAAAAUUUUACACGAGCAGUUAUUCGUUGUACAAGCACAGAAAGGUGGCACAUCUGAACGAGUACAAGUUCCAAUGCAACGUUUGCAACAAGAGGCUGUUGACGCAAGAGAAUCUGGACAAUCACAUGCAACAACACAGUAGAACGUACGAAUGCAAAGAGUGUGGAAAGGUGUUCGCCUCGAAGAGGUAUCUGGCGACGCACACGACCACUCACACAGGUGUGAAACCGUACACGUGCAACAUCUGCAAGAAGAACUUUAGAACGUCUCAUAUGAGGAAUACUCAUCUCUUGACUCAUUCUGCGGAAAGGCCGCACAUUUGUGAUCUAUGUGGACAAUCUUUUAAGAGGAGAUAUUACAUGAUAGAGCAUCGAAGAAAGCAUCCUGAUGCUCAUCUGUCCUCGCCUCCUGUGCCUCUUGGCAAGAGAAAAAGUGUCAUCGAAUUGGGAGUUAAUACCGUUACCGGAUCAGAGAUUUCUUUGUAACAUAAUUUUUAUCGGAUGUUAUUAUAGAUCUCGCAAUAAGUUUAUCUCUAAGCUUUUGUACUUGUACUAUCUGUCUAUGCUUUAAAUAAUCUUGUGCCAUUUUAAUCUACGUUCCGUUUCGAAGGAAUGCUAUAUAUAAAUCGAUCUAAGAUCUGAGAAACGUAAAGUGUAUGAUAAAUUAUAAUAACAGAACAAUGUAAUAUUUUAUGAAAAAUGUAAGAAUAAUUAAUAUUAACUGUGUUAGAAGACUGUAAGACAGUCUUGUAUGUAUAGACCGAAAUUCAUAAAACAUGACGAAUAUUUUCAAAA